UUGUUUAUGGAAGAUUUUAUUUCUCUUUAGAAAUGGCUGCCGUCGAAAUGUGUGUUAAGAAUAGAAGUUGCUAAUUAUUAUGAUUAAGUCUAGCAAUUAGGUAAAUAACACAAGUAGUCUAAAGUUUAAGCAAGAUGAGUAAUACUUCUACUCAAGAUAAGUUAACACGUAUUGCUAUUGUCAAUUCAGAUCGUUGUAAACCAAAAAAAUGUCGACAAGAAUGUAAGCGAUCUUGUCCUGUUGUUCGGCAAGGAAAACUUUGCAUUGAAGUUGUUCCAACUUCUAAACUUGCAUACAUAUCGGAGCAGCUUUGUAUUGGUUGUGGUAUUUGUGUGAAGAAAUGUCCAUUCGAAGCUAUUACUAUUAUCAAUUUGCCAAGUAAUUUAGAAAAAGAUACAACACACAGAUACAAUGCUAAUUCUUUUAAAUUACACAGGCUACCAAUGCCACGUCCAGGAGAAGUGUUGGGUUUAGUUGGUACCAAUGGUAUUGGUAAAUCUACUGCUCUUAAAAUUCUUGCAGGAAAAUUGAAACCAAAUCUUGGAAGAUUUUCUAAUCCUCCUGAUUGGCAAGAAAUUUUGCAAUACUUUCGUGGUUCUGAACUGCAAAAUUAUUUUACUAAAGUUUUAGAAGAUGACUUAAAGGCAAUUAUCAAGCCACAAUAUGUUGAUCAAAUACCGAAAGCAAUCAAAGGAAACGUUAUUGAAUUUUUAAACAAAAAAGAUGAAACCAACACAAAAGAUUUGUACUGUGAUGAGUUUGAUUUGCAGCAUGUUCUUACAAGAAAUGUAGAGGAACUUUCUGGAGGAGAGCUUCAAAGAUUUGCAUGUGCAGUGGUGUGUGUUCAAAGUGCCCAUGUUUAUAUGUUUGAUGAACCUUCCAGUUAUUUGGAUGUCAAACAAAGACUGAAGGCUGCCAAGGCUAUUCGUAGCCUCUCAAAAUCAGAUAAAUAUAUUAUUGUGGUUGAACAUGAUUUAAGUGUUCUUGAUUAUCUCUCUGACUUCAUUUGUGCAUUGUAUGGAACACCAGGUGCUUAUGGAGUUGUGACUAUGCCUUUCACUGUCCGAGAAGGAAUAAAUAUUUUUUUGGAUGGGUUCAUUCCUACUGAAAAUCUUCGAUUUAGAGAGGAAUCUCUUACAUUCAAAGUUUCUGAAAAUGCAGAGGAUGAAGAAAUCAAGCGUUCCCGUAGAUACUGUUACCCUUAUAUGGAGAAAACAUUAAAAAACUUUCAACUGAAAGUGCACGAAGGUCAGUUUACUGAUUCUGAGAUAAUUGUCAUGCUGGGAGAAAAUGGCACAGGUAAAACUACUUUUAUUAGAAUGAUGGCUGGGUUAUUACCACCUGACAAUGAAGAGACUGUUCCCCAACUCAAUGUUAGCUACAAACCACAGAAAAUAAGUCCUAAGUCUAGUGGCACUGUUCGAAUGUUAUUACAUACUAAAAUAAGAGAUGCAUAUAUCCACCCUCAGUUUAUUACUGAUGUUCUUAAACCUAUGCAAAUUGAACGCUUAUUUGAUCAAGAAGUCCAAAAUUUGUCUGGUGGUGAAUUGCAGCGUGUUGCCCUCACUUUGUGUUUGGGAAAGCCAGCAGACGUUUAUUUGAUUGAUGAACCGUCUGCCUAUUUGGAUUCUGAACAACGUUUACACGCAGCAAAAGUCAUAAAAAGAUUUAUUCUGCACGCAAAGAAAACAGGCUUUGUUGUAGAGCAUGAUUUUAUAAUGGCAACCUACUUAGCUGAUCGAGUAAUAGUAUUCGAAGGUCAGCCUUCUAUUAGCACAAUUGCAAACUCUCCUCAAACGUUGCUGAGUGGUAUGAACAAGUUCUUAAUGUCUCUUGAGAUAACAUUCAGAAGAGAUCCUGCUAACUACAGACCGCGUAUUAAUAAAAUGUUUUCCGUCAAGGACCAAGAGCAAAAGAAAAAUGGGAAUUAUUUCUUCAUUGACAAUGAUUAAAUCUUAAAACAUUUUA